AUGGCAUCAACUAAACACGGAGACGAAGGUGGUGCCGGUAGUGGAACUUAUUCAGGUUUCUUCCACCGAUCUUUAUCCCCUCGGUCGUUCGAUAGACUACGCGAUGAGCAUAGCGAUUAUUUUUAUAAACCAAAACGUGGCCCAUCAACAUGUAAAUCCAAUGUUACCAUAACAAGACCAAUAAAAACAUUUGAAACAGUAUCUAAACUUGUCGAACUUUUAUCAAAAGGUAGUAAUGUUAAAACACCUACGAAACAAAAUGUCGAAGAAAUGGAAUCACCACCUCUAUUGAAAAAGUUCGAUGAUCAAAAAUCAUCAUCACACUAUUCGAGUUUUCUAUCAAUGGACGGAGGAGAUUUAUCAUCAUCCACAUCAACGAAUUCAUCAGCGUUUUCAUCACGUUCAAAUUCAUCUAUAUCAACAGUAGCUGAACAAGAUACUCAAGUUAUUCUUAUCGAUGAGUCAAUAUCACCAAGAAGUCGAACUGACUCAUAUUCAGCAAACUCCGAAGCCAAUAGAACAAUCGCGAAUGAUGACACGAAAUGCAAUACCUCGUCUCCAUGUCAUGCACCAGCUAUCGGAUUAAAUGUCACGACGACAAGUGUACAUGUUGUUUUACUUGAAUUGUAUCCACAAAAUGUCGAUUAUUCAACAAUUGUAUUUCAACGCCAUCUUAUAUCGUUGAUUGUCAAUAAUGAACAUCAAGAUUGGUCAAUAUUAAAUGCUGAUUUACAUACAGUAACUGAACAAGAAGGAAAUUUUCGUUUAUUUACAUUAACACAUGAAGAAUUUGAUCUUGUUCUUCUACAUUUACAAUCGUUUAUACGUUUUAAUUCAACACUAGCAUCAUCGUUCGUUCUUAAUAUUGCUUUAACAGGUGAACAAACAAAUGAAUAUGAAUUGAAAAUUUCGUCGCGUUUAAAUAAAAUAAAUUUAAAUUUCGAUAUUAUUCAAUAUCGUGCUGAAUCCUAUAUGAUUGGUCUAGAUUUUUUUCUGCGCAAACAAAAUCGAUCGAUCGAUGAAGAAGAUGAACUUAUUCAAAGUCUCAAUCACAAUCAUAAAAAGAAACACGAUAAACAUGAACUUUAUCCUUACAUACUUGUGCAUGCUGAAGCAGCAAGUACAUUUUUUUAUAUUGUGCAUUCACCGAGUAAAUACUCGGUUAUAACAUCAAAUAAUCUAUGUUAUAAAACGUAUUCAAAUUUAAUCAAACUUCUUCAACCUGGUGUUGAUAUAAAUAAUGAUGAACAAAUAACGUCUUCGCCGAAUGUAUUUUCGCCGUUUUCCUUCCGACGAUCUCCAUCAAUUUCAUUCGAUUUCAGUCGCCAAGAUCUCUGUAAAAAUUGUAACCGUUCAUCAUCAAUCUAUUCAUCGCAAAUACCAAUGACAAGUUUCACUCGUUUACCACCAAAAUACUUUCCGAAUGAUUAUUCUAUAUCAAACAGACCACAUUAUAUUUAUCGUGGUUGGUCGAAUAGACGCGCAGCAUCCUACGAUCAAGGUAUUACAACAUUUGAUGUUCAUACACAAACGGAUGAUAGCUUUCUUGAAUCAUCAUCAACACAAACACGUUCAGCAAUGAGUCGUUCAUUGUUAUCGAUGGUUACUAUGAAUAUAGCAUUAACAAUAAAAUUAAUAUGUAAACUUUAUCCAUCGGUUAAUUCUUGUAUAUUAACUGGAGAAUUUUUUCAAAUAGAGAAACAAGCUGCGCAUGAUAUAAAAUUAUUUAUUCAAUCAAUAAUGGGACAAACGGUACCGCAUAUAUGUCAAUUAAAACGAGAACCACUUAUAUCUGCACUUGGUUGUGCACUUCCUCGGGUUUAUUUCGAUGUUAUAAAUGAUGAAGCUGCUCUAGGCAAUGAUUGUAUUCAUUAA